AUGUCAACCAGAAAGGGCUAUCUUCUCCCCUCGCCAAAAUACACCACAAUAAUGGCAUGCUCGGACAGCCCCGCAGGAAACGCGUUUUUUGUGGAUUCUCUGAUCAGCGGCCGGACCGAGGGUGGAGGGGGACACUACUACCCGGGCAGCAGCGUGUGUCUGCCCCAUAACGCCGCAUCAGAGGUGUCUUACGGGCUACAGAACUGUGGAUACUUCCCAGGUAUAGGCAAGCGGAGCGACGUAGGUCCCCAAAACAUGAUGUCUGCCGCGUCAGGCGCGUAUAUGUCAGGCAUGGAGAUGUGGAUGGAUGCGCAGAGGUCGUGCCGAAUGGACCAGCAACAAACUGUGGGUCCCCAGGUCGCGCCCUGCUCGUUCCCGCCGAGCAUUAAGGAGGAGAGCGCAUACUGUCUCUACGAGCCGCAGAAGUGCCCCAAAGCCUCAACCGCCGAAGACCUGACAUACUCCAGGCUAACCACGACAGGCUCAGGUUCAGGCUCGUGCACAGUCACCGACGGUGGCGGUGGUGGGGGUACUGUACCAGUGCCUGGCUACUUCCGCUUGUCUCAGAUGCACGCACACUCUCAUAAAGUUUACCACGGGGCCCAAUCGAACCCCUCUCAUUCUCACUUUGGCCUACACCCCCCUGCACAGACUCGCUUCCACACCCCGACCCCCCCACCGUCCUCAGCCUUAGCCUGCUCAGCCACGGCGGCUUACAAGAGAAGAGACACCGAGGAGGCUCUGUCUUCCGGUACCGCGUCCCAGCCCCAGCAGACGCACGCCCCACUGGGGGGCGAGGAAGCACGAGCGUCCUCCGACGCGGAACCUUCAUCUCCCGAGGAAGCUGAAGAGGAGCUCGAGAAGGAGAAGCCAACGAAAACACCUAAAGGAGACACAGAAAGCGAAUGCACGGCCAACUGGCUAACAGCAAAAAGCGGACGGAAGAAACGUUGCCCAUACACCAAGCACCAAACUCUGGAGCUCGAGAAGGAGUUCCUCUACAACAUGUACCUGACUCGCGAGCGUCGCCUAGAGAUCAGUAGGAGCGUGCACCUGACGGACAGGCAGGUCAAAAUAUGGUUCCAGAAUCGCAGAAUGAAACUGAAGAAAAUGACCCGGGAAAACAGGAUUCGGGAGCUCACGUCAAAUUUUGGUUUCUCGUGAUAACUUUGAAUGUUUUCAAUAAGCUUUGUAUUGAACUAGCUUUAGUUAUAAUGCAAGAUGUAAAGGGCA